AUGAAAGACGCAAAGCAAACUGAUAAUUCGUCUUCUAGCAUACAAAUAUAUUCAAAAACUUCAGAUGGUCAUUCAAAAAUUGGAAAUUUUAUAGAUUCAUUCAAAAGAGCAGAUCAAACAGAGACUACUAGCGAUUUGGAAAAUGGUAAAGAAGUGAUCUAUUCCCCGUUGGAGCAGAACUUGAAGGAUAGGCAUAUUCAGAUGAUUGCCAUUGCUGGGUGUGUCGGACUGGGUCUCUUCAUAUCUCAGGGGUCAGCCUUAGCCACAUCGGGGCCUGGUGGGCUAGUAAUAUCCUAUUCAGUUAUUGGCCUUUUGUUAUACUUUAUAGUACAAUCGUUAGGACAAUUAACAAGUGCAUUUCCAGUUCAAGGUAAUUUUUUGGUAUAUAAUGUGAGAUUCAUUGACGAAUCAUGGGGAUUUGCCAUGAAUUGGAAUUAUUGCUUUCAGUGGUUAGUUACAUUACCGUUGUCCUUGGUUUCCGCUUCUUUAACCAUCCAGUUCUGGGGUUCUUCCAUUAACCCAGUUGUUUGGGUGGCUAUAUUCUACGUAAUUAUUGUUGCUAUAAACAUAUUUGGUAUUAAGGGAUAUGGGGAAGCAGAAUUUAUAUUUUCCUUGAUAAAAGUUAUUGCUAUCGUCGGGUUUUGUAUCUUUGCUAUUAUAGUGGUUGCUGGAGCAGGUGAACAGGGUUACAUUGGUGGUAGAUUUUGGCAUAAUCCUGGCACAUUUUCCCACGGAUUCAAGGGAGUCUGCUCUGUGUUUGUCAAUGCAGCCUUUUCAUUUGCAGGUACUGAAUUAUGUGCUUUAGCUGCAGCAGAAUCAAAAAAUCCUAGGAGAGCAUUAACUAAAGCUAUUAAGCAAGUAUUUUGGAGAAUUAUAAUUUUCUAUAUGCUCUCUACUAUAAUGAUUUGUUUCCUAGUUCCAUAUGAUGACCCUAAAUUAUUGAGUAACUCAUCUACUUCUGCAUCCCCAUUUGUUGUUGCUAUCCAAAAUAGUGGAACUAAGGUUUUACCUUCAAUCUUCAAUGUGGUUAUCUUAAUCGCUGUAUUGUCAGUCGCCAAUGCUUCUGUAUAUGCCUCUUAUAGACCACUAGUUUCCUUGGCUCAUGCAGGGCAUGGUCCUAAGAUUUUGAAGUAUGUCGAUAGAAAUGGAAGACCUCUUGUGGCGUUGCUUGUAACAUUGUUAAUUGGGUUACUUGGGUUUGUUUCAGCUUCUCCUAAGCAGGAAACGGUUUUCAAUUGGUUACUAGCAUUAUCUGGAUUAUCUACUAUCUUUACUUGGUUUUCUAUAUCCUUAGCCCAUAUUCGUGUAACUUAUGCGUUUAAAAUUCAAGGUGUACCUUUAAAUCAAUUCCCAUUUCGUGCAACUGGCAAUACGUUGGGUGCUUACUUUUCGUUGGUGAUUAAUAUAUUGGUGCUUAUUGCUCAAUUCUAUGUUGGGUUAUACCCAGUGGAUGGAAAAGAAAAGGAUAUUGCCACUUUUUUACAGGUAUAUCUUGCUGCUCCUGUAGUUUUAGUAUUCUAUCUUGGCCACAAAAUAUGGACUAGAAACUGGAAAUUGUACGUGAGGGCAGAGGAGAUGGAUAUCACUACUGACCGUCUAAUGGUUGAUAUAGAUAUGUAUAAACAAUUACUUACAGAUGAGAAACAGGUAUGGGAAUCGAAGCCGUGGUAUUAUAGACUCUACCAUACUUGGUGUUGA